AUGUCUGGUGACAAUGCUCGUGGGGUGGUUGGGCAACCUUUAGAAACAUGGGGACACGACGCGUUGGGCAUUGAGGAUGAGAAAAAGGGAUCCAUCAAGCCGAUGGCAAAGAGUGGGCAACCAGUCCUGAUUGAUGAGCAACUUGCCACAGGAGCUUCAAAUGCCAAUCGGCCUGGAAAAAACCGAGCUACCUCGUCAGCUCGAACGAAUCAUGAGCUGCGGAGGGAGAGAGAAAAGUAA